AUGUAUAAAUUAAGUCGUGUUUUGCCUCCUGAGCAGCCGGUGGUUCUUGAUCACUGGGGGCGGCAACUCAACGCCACUGUUGGACCACACGACGAAGGCGAUGACGUCAUGCUCACGUGUCGCGUUAUCGGAGGGAAGCCGGAGCCCGCGGUGCGCUGGCUGGUGAACGGCGUGCUGGUGGACGACGAGUACGAGCACAACGCGGGUGACGUCAUCGAGAACCGCCUCAUGUGGAACACGGUGGGCCGGCAGGACCUCAACUCCGUCUUCUCGUGCCAGGCCAACAACACCAACCUCACGGAGCCUCGCGAGACCUCGCUCACGCUCGACCUCCACCUGAAGCCGCUCACCGUGCGCAUCUUGAACAAGCAGUCCCCGCUGGCCGCCGACCGCCGCUACGAGGUGCAGUGCGAGUCUGCCGGGUCGCGCCCGCCAGCCUUGCGAGUAGGAAAAGUCGUUUAUUCAUCAAGCGACAAUAACGCCCACCAGAGACCCGCCCCUUCCGGAAUCGACCGUCCACCGUUCCGUUUCUCCUUCCGCGUCUCACCGGCCGUCCCCGGACGAGAUCUCCCGGCGGCGCCGGGACGCAAUAUCCGAUCCGGGCGCCUUAAUCCGGGCGGCCGCGGCCGUCCCGCCGUCGACGCCUGCGCCUCCGGAACUCUUGGCGCUCGUGAGGGCGGCGCGCCGCGCCUCGCCUCAUGUGAUAACGAGGACCCGCAGUUAACCCGCUCCGGUCGCCGAGGCUUACGACGUCUUAGCGACAGCCCGGCGCUGAAGGAGGAGACGCGCGAGAACGUGACGGUGAGCGACCUGAGCUUCGUGCCCACGACGGACGACGACGGCAAGGCCAUCACCUGCCGCGCAGAGAACCCCAACAUCACCGGCGCCUUCCUCGAAGCCAGCUGGAAGAUCGACGUCGUCUAUCCGCCCAUCGUCUCUCUUCGCCUCGGGUCGACGCUCACCCCAGACGACAUCAAGGAAGGGGACGACGUGUACUUCGAGUGUCACGUCAAAGCAAAUCCGGCGUGGAAAAAGCUGCGGUGGCUACAUAACGUGAGUAUGCCUUUAGCUGUCGAGUGUGAAGAAUGA